CUUAAUUGUAUUGGAUCAUGUCUCCUACAAAGAUUGAACGAGCUGAAAAAAGAAAAAGAGAAGACGAUGUUCUUGCCCUUAAAAAAGAUAAAAAAUUGAAGAAAGAAAAGAAGGAUAAGAAAGACAAAAAAGAUAAAAAGGAAAAGAAAAAUAAAAAGGAAAAGAAAGAUAAAAAGGAAAAGAAAGAUAAAAAAGAAGAUGAUAAAGAGAAUGUAAAAGCAGAUUCCAUUUCUGAUUCUCAGAAAACCGAAAAAAUGGACAUUGUCAACAAGGCACCUGAAAGUGCUACUAAAAAGAAUGUUGAAAUUCUUGCCACAUACAAAUACGAAGAAGAUAAACAGCUGUCAGAACUUCCUCAAAGUGUCAUUGACAAUUUUUAUAAAGAACACACUAUUGAAAUUACUGGUGAUCUUAAACUUAGACCUAUCUUAGAAUUCAAAUACGCCAAUCUUCCUAACAAUAUAUUAGACGUUGUCAAAAAUUUUGAAAGACCUACACCCAUUCAAGCAUCUACUUGGCCUAUCACCCUUUCAGGACGUGAUAUUAUCGGUAUUGCAGAAACAGGUUCAGGUAAAACACUGGCUUUUACUAUUCCAGGCUUGGUGCAUAUUGCCACUAAAUUGAAAAAGGGUAAGAAGUCAGGCAAACCCAGCAUGUUAGUUGUUUCUCCUACUCGUGAGUUAGCCAUGCAAAGUGCCGAACAAGCUGAAGCUGCUGGCAAGUCCAUCGGUAUUUCCUCUAUCUGUGUUUAUGGUGGUGUCGAUAAACAGCCUCAACGUAGAGCUCUUAAUAAGGGUGUCGAUAUCGUGAUUGCUACACCUGGUCGUUUAAUUGAUCUUAUUAAUGAAGGAGCAUGUGAUUUAUCUGAAGUUUCCUUCAUGGUUUUGGAUGAAGCUGAUCGUAUGUUGGAUGAUGGUUUUGAAAAAGAUAUUCGAGCUAUUAUGGGUUAUACUCCUAAAGAUCGUCAGACAGUCAUGUUUUCUGCUACUUGGCCUGAAAGUGUUCGUAAACUUGCUAGUGAUUUCUUAAAUAAUCCUAUGCGUGUUACUAUUGGUUCUCCUGAUCUUGCUGCCUCUCAGAAUGUUCAACAAAUUGUUAAAGUGAUCCAAAACCCUAGAGAUAAAGAGCGUCAUCUUUUAGAUUUAUUGAAAAAGGUGCACAAGUCUCGUACAAACCGUGUCUUGAUCUUUGCACUUUAUAAGAAGGAAGCAAUGCGUAUUGAAAGAUCAUUAGAAUACCAUGGUUACAAGGUUGUUGGUAUUCAUGGUGAUAAAAACCAACAGCAACGUACUGACGCUUUAAAUGCCUUUAAGGAUGGUUCUUUUCCUUUAAUGAUUGCUACUGACGUUGCUGCUCGUGGUCUUGAUAUCCCUGAUGUCGAAUACGUCAUCAAUCUUACAUUUCCUCUUACAAUUGAAGCUUAUGUUCAUCGUAUUGGUCGUACGGGACGUGGUGGUAAGAAAGGUACAGCUUAUACUUUCUUUACACCCGAGGAUAAAGCACAUUCAGGUGAAUUAAUAAAUGUAUUGAAGCAAGCUAAUAUGGAAGUACCCGAUGAAUUAAUGGCAUUUGGUACAACUGUUAAAAAGAAGACUCAUAGUGUAUAUGGUGCCUUCUUUAAGGAUACCACAGGAGAAGUUAAAAAGCCUACAAAGAUUAUUUUUGAUUAAACUAUAAUGUCUUUUAUUUGUUGAAUAAAAUAUUUUAUUACUGAUAUUUAGAUAUAGAAUAAUAAUAACUCAAGUUGAAAUUCUACCUAGUAUUUUAGUAUAAAUAUAAAUGUAUAUAUAUUUAUUAGAAGAAAAAAAAAAUAAAC